CCGACGCCGACGCCGACGCAGCCUCCGCCUCCUCCCCUGAACCCAACUCUGAUGCCGACGCCCCUCUGCCGGUUGCCUCCGUCGGCGUCGGAGUCCGUCGCCCCCGUCUCCUCCGCCUCCGCCUACGCGCCCGACGCCAACGCGUCAAACCACGACUGCGAAAAUGGAGGAGAGAGAAACGACGAAGCAGAAGACUGAGGUCGUCGCGUCGGUCGCGUUCCGGCUCGCCCUCGUCUACCUCCCCAGGAACCUCCGCCUGUCCACCCGCCCCGAGGUCGCCAGCCCUCUCACCAGCAUUCACCGCCGUAACGCCGCCUCUUUUCGCUCCGUCGAUCGAUUCUCGAUCCCCGAUCCCCUGCCCCCUCCUCCCUUGAAAUCUUGGAGGUUCCAUGUAUCACGGUUCUCUUUCGCUGUUGCUCGUUCUUGGACCUCUCGCUGUCAAAAGUUGGCGAACUGGAUAGUGGUGCACAGAGCGAUAAUGGCGAUAAAGGAUCUGGACGCCCUGUUCUCUUCCCUGGAUCCAGAGUACUACGACAUCCUCAUGAAGCUCAUCAUGCAACUAUGGUCUCAUGACCAGCAAAUUGAGCAUUGUCUUCUAAUUUUACCAUGGUUAACUGAGAUUAAAGGUAGAUAUAUUUAUUGACCAGUUGGUUUUGUUGUUUGGCUGGCCAAUAAGUCCGAUUCGAGGAGAGCAGAGUUUCCCCAUGUAUUAUUCAUUCCUCAUCUGAUCGUUACCAUCUUGCUUGGAUUACCGUUAUUGUUAAGGCCUUUGAUGGAGUUAAACAUGCAUUCCUUCUCUAGUGAGUAGCAAGAGAAUUCAGUGUGCAAAUGCUAUCGCUGUUGUAGUUUGUGUGUGCUACGUUUAGUUCGUUAAUGCCUUCUUUUCCCACGUACAACGUAUCUGCAAAACCAGAACCUACCUCAUUAAUUUGA